AGUUUGGGAUAUGGUUAAAUUGAGAUAUCUGUAUAUUCCUAACUUCAGCCCUGAAAAUAAAAAAGCAUUACUCGAGAACUCUCCAAAACUUGAUGAUUUGGAAACCCUUUCCAAUCCAUAUUUCACUCGUGUUGAGGAUGCAGAAUUGAUGCUGAGAAAAACACCUAAUCUUCGAAAACUGAUAUGUGAAGUCCAGUGCUUAAAAUACCCCCAUCAGUACCAUAUGUUGAAUUUCCCAAUACGGCUUGAAAUACUAAAGCUUCAUUUAUCAAAAGCCUUUGAAACUGUCCCCUUUUGCAUCUCUGCACCAAAUCUCAAAUACCUGAAAUUCUCUGGCUUUUACCUGAAUUCUCAGUACUUAUCAGAAACUGCUGAUCAUCUCAAGCACCUUGAGGUACUCAAACUGUACCACGUUGAAUUUGGUGAUCAUGGGGAAUGGAAAGUGAGCAGUGGCAAGUUCCCUAAACUCAAAAUCUUGAAACUAGAAUAUUUGUCCUUGAUGAAAUGGAUUGUAGCUGAUGAUGCCUUUCCUAACCUUGAACAAUUGGAUUUUCUCUAG